AAGGACCGCACUCGUCGCUGCCCCGUCCGCCUGCCCGCCUCGCCCGCCUCGCCAUGGUGGCCGAUCCCCCUAAGCCCGACCACAAGGCGUCCUCGGAGCCGGAACCCACUGCCAACGGCGUCCCGGCCCUGGGCGGGGAGGCCGGGGCCGCAGGCGGGCGCCGCGCGGCCGGGCAGCGGCUGCGCGGCUGCCUCCGGGCCAACGCGCUGGUGCUGCUGACCGUGGCGGCCGUGGCGGCCGGCGUGGCGCUGGGCAUGGGGGUCUCCGUGGGCCGCGAGCGCCACGCCGCCUUCGCCUUCCCGGGCGAGCUGCUGCUGCGCAUGCUGAAGAUGAUCAUCCUGCCGCUGGUGGUGUGCAGCCUGGUGGGCGGCGCCGCCAGCCUGGACCCCGCGGCCCUCGGCCGGCUGGGCGCCUGGGCCCUGCUCUUCUUCCUGGCCUCCACCCUGCUGGCCUCCGCGCUUGGCGUGGGGCUGGCCGUGCUGAUGCAGCCCGGCGCCUCGGUCGACGCCUCGCUCGGGGCCUCCCUCGGAGCGGAAGGCUUCCCCCAAAGGCCUGCCACAAAGGAGGUGCUGGAUUCCUUCCUGGAUCUUCUGAGGAAUAUCUUCCCUUCCAACCUGGUCUCUGCAACCUUCCGCUCUUACUCCACAUCCUACAUGAACAAGACGGACAUGCAGAAGUUUCCCUCGGGUAAAGAAGAGGAGGGCAUGAAUAUCCUGGGCCUGGUGGUCUUUGCCAUCAUCUUUGGCGUGGCCCUGCGGAAGCUGGGGCCCAAGGGGGAACUACUCAUCCACUUCUUCAACACCUUCAACGAUGCCACCAUGGUGCUGGUGUCCUGGAUUAUGUGGUACGCCCCUGUGGGCAUCUUGUUCCUGGUGGCGGGCAAGAUUGUAGAGAUGGGGAACGUGAGGCAGCUCUUUACUAGCCUUGGCAAAUACAUCCUGUGCUGUCUACUGGGCCACGCCAUCCACGGUCUCCUGGUCCUGCCUCUCAUCUACUUCGUCUUCACCCGCCAAAACCCCUACCGUUUCCUCUGGGGCAUCCGGGCACCGCUGGCCACUGCCUUUGGCACCUCCUCCAGCUCGGCCACCUUGCCUCUGAUGAUGAAGUGUGUGGAGGAGAAGAAUGGCGUGUCCAAGCACAUCAGCCGCUUCAUCCUGCCCAUUGGUGCCACGGUGAACAUGGACGGUGCGGCGCUCUUCCAGUGCGUGGCUGCCGUGUUCAUUGCGCAGCUCAACAACCAACCCUUGGACUUCGUGAAGGUCAUUACCAUCCUAGUCACGGCCACAGCGUCCAGCGUGGGGGCAGCCGGUAUCCCCGCAGGAGGCAUCCUCACUCUCGCCAUCAUCCUGGAAGCCAUCAGCCUCCCUGACAAGGACAUCUCCCUGAUCCUGGCCAUCGACUGGCUAGUGGACCGGUCCUGCACCGUCAUCAACGUGGAAGGUGAUGCUCUUGGGGCGGGACUGCUCCAGCAUUAUGUGGAUCAUACAAAGCCGCAGAGCUCUGAACCCGAGCUACUCCAGGUGAAAGCUGAAGUACCACUCAACCUGCUGGCGGCACCCACUGAGGAAGGGAACCCCCUCCUCAAACAGCUCCAGAGCCCCAGUGAGGACACAGAUACCCUCGAGAAGGAAUCGGUCAUGUAAUCCCCAGGAGGGGCCUGCCUUGUCCUGCUGGGGGUAGGGGUGGGGGGCACUGACAGUGAGAUCCCUAAGGGUGGAUACAU